CUUUAGUGGUACCACUUUUCCGACUUCAAAUGUGUUUUUUCCCGAUAUUUGUCUUAUUCAACUUGAAAUGAAAAAAUGGGAGCAAAGUGAGUAUGAUUGCAUUCGAUUGAUGGCCGGUCCAAUGAGAGUGAAAUUUCAAAAAUAUUGGGAAGAAUGUUCUUUGGUGUUAGCAAUUGCAGUGGUUCUCGAUCCGAGAUUUAAAAUGGACUUGGUGGAAUACUACUUUGGGCUUAUUUAUGGUGUUGAUGCUAAUAAGCAUAUUCAGAGGGUCCGUAAUGGUUUUGUUGAUCUUUUUUAUGAGUAUAGGAGUGAUUCUUCUGAUUCUAUGAGUAGCAUUGCACUUGUUUCUGAAAAUAGUAGCUCAAGUGGUAGUCAGUUGCUUGUCGGUUCUUCGAAACAAGAAAGUUUGGCUGCUUUUCAUGCGUGGUAUGCCCAAGAACGUGCUUCUAACAUUCAUGCCUAUCAAAAAUCAGAGGUGGAGCAAUACUUGGAGGAGUUGGUGUUUCCAAGUAAUGAGAGCUUCAAUAUUCUACAUUGGUGGAAAGUGAAUAAAGCAAAAUUUCCUACUUUGGCAAAGAUGGCUCGUGAUGUUUUAAGUGUUCCAGCCACUACGGUUGCAUCAGAGGCGGCGUUUAGUGUAGGAGGUAGGGUGAUUGAUGAAACACGUGCUUCAUUACUUCCAGAUAUUGUGGAGGCCUUGAUCACUUGCAAUGAUUGGAUUGAAUCAACCAAAAAUAGAAAUGUAGAAGAAUGCAGACAUGAGUAGAUGGAUUGAAUUGAAUCGAAUCACUUGAAGUAGAUGGGUUUGAUAAUGAGCUUAACAAAGCGGUUGCUAUUAAAGUUAUUGACUUGGAAGAAUCGUGAGUAUAUAGCUUUAAUUAUCUCUUACUAGAACUGCUUGUGGUGAAAUGUGGUUACAUAACUUUUCUUCUUGGAGCUUGAUAUUCUUGGAUUGAGCUGUGAAUAAGUAUUGGAUGAGUGGCAAAUUGAUUGAGAAUUUUAGAGGCCUAUAAAUUUGUAGGAUUAAUUAUUGUUAUCAAGAUUUACAUUGAAAAGUUUUUAUGUUGAAAACAAGUCUAUAAAUUUGGAUUAGCUUUCAAGCAAUGUGCAAUUUUUGUCUAUAAAUGGAUAGUAUACUUCUGCAGAGGUUUAAAUAUUAAUAGUGCUUAUGUGAACUGCUCUGGUUA